UCACGAUCCCAACAUCAGAUGCUACAAAUAUGACCUCAAUUCCUUGGAUAAACCUCUGCUUUAAUAUGUGUUGCGAUUUUGUUAGUCUUGUGACUUCGUGCGACCGUCAUUUGUAGCACUUCGUUUCGUCCUAUCCUUUAGUUCUUGUUACUCGAGUCACGAUGCCAUACGAGAUAAUCCAGAUCCCGCGUGACGACGAAAGUAUUCGUACUUGGGUCGAACAAUGCAAGGCCAUUAGACUAUACGCUCUGAAGACUGCUCCAGAGGCAUUUGGAUCCACGUACGCGAGAGAAAUCGCAUUUACCGACGAAGACUGGUAUAACCGCUUGGCCAACCCGGUAGCAACAACAUGUAUCGCAGUACAAUCGAAUCAGAUAGUCUGUUCGCUAGUUGGAAUUGGUCCUUUGCCUUGUACUCCAGAAGAAUCUUCUCCUACCAAGAAUCCUUGGGAACUUAGCAAAGACCCAGGUGCUACAGCGCAACUUCAUUUCCGUAUAAACGGGAUGUUCACACUACCUGAAGCUCGCGGUCAAGGCAUUGCAAAGGCGCUCAUCGAGCGGUUCUUCGAGCAUGGCAAAGAAGAAGCCAAUAAGGUUGGAAAGAAUUUCGUCUGCAGUAUUGUCGUCGAUGCAGACAAUACUCCCGCCAAGAAUUUGUAUGAGAAGUGUGGUUUUGUAUCUUUGAUCCAGGAAACCUAUCCCGAAAGUUCUAGAGUGGCGAUUCUGAUGAAGUACCCCGCAACUUCUGAGAAGACGAAUGUAUGAUUCUUCCUGGGCAUGGUGUCAAGAUCAUUGUUUAGGUUUUAGAGCUCUGAUAGAUAGGUUUGGUGUUCAAAUAGAGGUUG